ACAAAUCAUUUGUGCCAGCACCGGCAUUUUCAACGCCUAUUUGCUUGCUGUUAGCGACUGUGACAUUAUCCAUUACUCAUUGCGUUCCCUCUUCAACUUCCAAUUUAUGCACAUCUUUAUAUAUAUAUAAACUCAUGUACACUCAUGUCUUUCUUGUUCUAACUUUUUAAGUGCUUGCAAUCCAAUCCUAGAAUGGCUCAACUGGUGGGUUCCGAUGAGAUAGAGUCUUUGCGAUUUGAGUUGGCACAGAUCGGAAGGAGCAUCAGGUCGUCGUUUAGAAGUCGAACAUCAAGUUUCCGUGAUGGUGAUCAUAGUGAAUAUGAGUUGCAAUGGGCAGAAGUUCAGAGAUUGCCGACGUUUGAACGGAUUAAUACUGCCUUGUUUGACGACGAAGAAGAGAAUGGAACGUCAGGCAGUGGGAAUUAUGUCAAAGGGAAACGGGUUGUUAAUGUCACCAAACUUGGAGCUGAUGAACGCCAUAUGUUUAUUGAGAAGCUCAUCAAACAAAUCGAACAUGAUAACUUGCGUUUGUUGAAGAAGCUUAGACAUAGAAUUGACAAGGUUGGGGUAAAGUUGCCGACUGUGGAAGUAAGAUAUAAGAAUCUACAUGUUGAAGCACAAUGCGAGUUAGUUCGUGGCAAGCCUCUUCCCACACUCUGGAACACAACUAAAAGCCUGCUUUCAGGUUUAGCCAAUCUACCAGGUUCAAAACAAGAAGCUAAGAUAAGCAUCCUAAAUGGUGUGAGUGGCAUCAUUAAACCGGGAAGAAUGACUUUAUUGCUUGGCCCUCCAGGAUGUGGCAAAAGCACGUUUUUGCUGGGGCUUUCUGGGAAGCUGAGUCAUUCCCUAAAGGUUGCGGGGGAAAUAACAUAUAAUGGCUACCGACUAGAAGAAUUUGUUCCUCAGAAAACCUCUGCUUAUAUUAGCCAAUAUGAUCUGCAUACCCCAGAGAUGACAGCUAGGGAGAUACUUGAUUUUUCUGCACGCUUUCAAGGAAUAGGCAGCCGAGCUGAAAUCAUGAAAGAAGUCAGCCGAAGAGAAAAGCAGCCCGGAAUUGUACCUGAUCCCGACAUAGAUGCUUACAUGAAGGCAAUAUCAGUUAAAGGUCAGGAAAGUACUCUCCAAACUGAUUAUAUUUUGAAGAUUCUUGGACUAGACAUCUGUGCUGACACCAGGGUUGGGGAUGCCAUAAGAAGGGGAAUAUCAGGUGGUCAAAAGAAAAGAUUGACAACAGGUGAGAUGAUUGUGGGGCCAGCAAAAGCUUUGUUCAUGGAUGAAAUAUCAAAUGGCCUUGACAGUUCAACCACUUUCCAGAUCGUGUCCUGCCUUCAGCAUCUCGCGCAUAUUACUGAUGCUACUGCAUUGAUAUCACUUCUUCAGCCUGCCCCGGAGACCUUUGAUCUCUUUGAUGAUGUUAUUUUAUUGGCAGAAGGGAAAAUUGUGUAUCAAGGCCCUCGCACUAACAUUUGCAAGUUCUUUGAGGACUGUGGAUUUAAGUGCCCAGAAAGAAAGGGCAUUGCUGACUUCCUUCAGGAGGUAAUCUCUAGAAAAGAUCAAGAACAGUAUUGGCACCAUAAACAGCAGCCUUACAGCUAUGUUUCAGUUGAUCAUUUCAUAAAAAAAUUCAAAGAGCAUCAUAUUGGUCAGAAUUUAGAUGAAGAACUCUCAAAGCCAUUUGACAAGUCUCAAAGCCACAAAGAUGCUCUAUCCUUCAAACCAUACUCCCUAAGUAAAUGGGAGCUUUUCAAAGCCUGCUCCAUGAGAGAAUUACUUCUAAUGAAGAGAAACUCUUUCACUUAUGUGUUUAAAUCUGUACAGCUAGUCAUUAUUGCCUCAAUAACAAUGACUACUUUCUUGCGAACUCGAAUGGCUGUUGACGUCAUCCAUUCAAGUUACUUUAUGGACUCUUUGUUCUAUGCUCUUGUGAUACUUCAUGUCGAUGGGUUCCCGGAAUUAAGCAUGACUGUAUCAAGAAUUGCAGUGUUCUACAAGCAGAGAGAGUUGUGCUUCUACCCUGCAUGGGCUUAUGCGAUUCCUGCGGCAAUCCUCAAAGUUCCUCUUUCACUUUUGGAGUCGUUUGUGUGGACAUCUAUGACUUAUUAUGUCAUUGGCUACAGUCCUGAGGUUGGAAGGUUCUUCCGCCAAUUCCUUAUAUAUUUUGGUGUUCACUUAACAUCCAUAUCCAUGUUUCGUUGCGUUGCCUCUCUCUUCCAAACUAUAGUUGCUUCCACAACAGUUGGUGCUCUAGCAAUUAUGAUUGUUUUGCUGUUCGGUGGCUUCAUUCUACCGAGACCAUCUUUGCCUUCUUGGUUGGAAUGGGGAUUUUGGCUUUCUCCAUUGACGUAUGGGGAGAUUGGCCUGAGUUUGAACGAGUUCCUUGCUCCACGGUGGGAAAAGGUGAUGUCUGGAAAUACAAGCAUAGGGCAACAAACUCUGGAAAGUCGAGGAUUGAGCUUUGAUGGCUACUUUUACUGGAUAUCAGUCGCAGCAUUAGUUGGGUUCAUAUUACUUUUCAAUGCUGUUUUUACCUUUGCAUUAACUUUUUUGAACCCCCCAGGAAAGUCUCGCACAAUGAUUUCUUUUGAAAGGUGCUCUCAACUACAGAGAAAAGAUGACAAAGAAGGUUUACAUAAAGAAAGUAAACACGCUGUUAAUGAUCCAGGAAAUGUGGCAGGACCAAAAACUGGACAAAUGGUUUUGCCUUUCGAGCCUUUAACUGUGACAUUUCAGGAUGUGCAGUACUAUGUAAACAUUCCUCAGGAAAUUAAAGGAAGGGGCUACAAGCAUAAAAAGCUACAGCUUCUCUCAGGCAUCACUGGUGCAUUCAGGCCUGGUGUUUUGACAGCAUUGAUGGGUGUCAGUGGAGCAGGGAAAACAACUCUAAUGGAUGUUCUUUCUGGAAGAAAAACUAGUGGUAUUAUAGAAGGAGAUAUUAGAAUUGGUGGGUACCCAAAGGUUCAAGACACGUUUGCAAGGGUCUCAAGUUACUGUGAGCAAAAUGAUAUACACUCUCCACUAAUUACUGUGGAAGAAUCGGUAGUAUAUUCUGCUUGGUUGCGCCUCCCAUCUCAUAUUGAUUCAAAAACUAAAGAUGAAUUUGUCAAUAUGGUCAUUGAAACUAUAGAGCUUGAUGGGGUUAGAGAUUGUUUAGUAGGCAUUCCAGGAGUCAAUGGGUUAUCAACUGAGCAGAGGAAAAGGCUAACUAUAGCUGUGGAGCUUGUUGCCAACCCGUCUAUCAUAUUCAUGGAUGAGCCCACUUCAGGUUUAGAUGCAAGAGCGGCUGCAAUUGUAAUGAGAGCAGUGAAAAAUGUUGUUGAAAUGGGAAGAACAGUUGUUUGCACAAUCCAUCAACCAAGUAUUGACAUAUUUGAGGCAUUUGAUGAGUUGAUUUUGAUGAAAACCGGGGGACAUAUUAUCUAUUCUGGGCCACUGGGGCAGAACUCCAUGAGAAUUGUUGAAUACUUUCAGAAUAUACCUGGAGUGCCCAAGAUUAAAGAUAACUACAAUCCAGCAACAUGGAUGUUGGAAGUCACUUCUACAUCCGUAGAGGUUGGAAAUGGCAUAGAUUUUGCACAAAUUUAUAAAGGCUCCAUCUUGUGCAAGGAAAACAAGGAGCUGGUUAAGCAGUUGAGCUCACCAACUCCUGGUUCAAAAGAUCUAUAUUUUCCUACUCGCUUCCCCCAGAAUGGUUUGGAGCAAUUCAAAGCAUGCCUCUGGAAACAGUGUUUAUCCUAUUGGCGAAGCCCUGCAUACAAUUUGACGCGCAUUGUUUUUAUGACAGCCUCAUCUCUAAUGUUCGGCGUGCUAUUCUGGCAGCAAGGAAAGAAUAUAAAUAACCAACAAGACCUGUUCAGUAUAGCUGGUUCGAUGUAUGCAGUUAUAAUUUUGUUUGGCAUAAACAAUUGUUCGACAGUUCUGCCAUUUGUUUCAACGGAGCGCACAGUUUUAUACCGGGAAAGAUUUGCAGGAAUGUACACUUCAUGGGCCUAUUCUUUUGCACAGGUGCUUGUUGAGAUUCCGUACUUGUUAACCCUAGCAAUUAUUUAUGUGAUCAUCACAUAUCCAAUGAUAGGAUAUGAAUGGUCAGCCUAUAAGUUAUUCUGGGCACUCUACAGCAUGUUUUGUACACUGCUAUAUUUCAAUUACUUAGGGAUGUUGCUGGUUUCACUCACUCCAAAUAUUCAAGUGGCUUCCAUUGUGGCUUCAUCUGCCUACACCAUGCUGAAUUUGUUUGCUGGAUUCAUAAUUCCAAAACCACAAAUACCAAAGUGGUGGAUUUGGUUGUAUUAUAUAUGUCCCACAUCUUGGGCAAUGAAUGGCAUGCUUACUUCCCAGUAUGGAGAUGUUGAUAAACAAAUACUAGCUUUUGGAGAAACAAAAACUGUUGCAGCAUUUAUUGAAGAUUACUUCGGUUUUCACCACAGUUCUUUAGGCAUUGUUGCUAUUUUUCUCUUUAUCUUCCCUGUUAUUUGUGCUACCCUUUUUGCAUACUUUAUUGGAACACUGAAUUUCCAAAGGAGGUAGAUGUUCUUGAUUGUCUAUAAGUAUCAUUUGCCAUUGGUAGAGAUUGUGAAAUUAUUACCAAAAAAAAAAAGAUAUUUGAGAGUCUGUCAGUAUUGCUAAUUUACUCGUAAAGCUUCGUUGCAUCUUAAGAGUUCUAUUAGUUAGAUUUGUUAACAAAAUCUGUGAGUGGACAAAUAACUCUUAAAAGAAAAUGAUUUAUUUUCCCCUAAAGCCUUAUUUCAUAUGUAUUCUCCUUCAUUUUUGAUGUAAUGUAGAGCUAUAUGUUUAUUAGAUCAUUAUGCCUGUUGAGGCAAGUAUGAAAAGUGGUUCAUGUAGUGUCACAAGCAGUGGCCAUUGCAGUCAUCACUGUGUAAGAGAUUUGAAUGAUUUUCCAUAUUGAAUGUUGGCAAUAUUUUGAAACAAAA